GACAAACGUCAGCCUCCGCGCAGUAUGGGUCUACUAGUACGCCUCUGACAGGAACCCGUAGCUUAAAGCAGGUGGUCUCUCAAAAGGGAUAUAGACCGCUUGCAAUCACUUGUUAAGAAAACAGUUCAACUUCAGCUUCUGAGCAGUGAGAACUUCAACGUUUGAGGCGAAACUAAUUCAGGGUCCCGGAGUUCAUUGACAAUAUCCAGUUAAAGCAGUUAACAAUUCCAGCGAUAACAACAUUUCAUCGGGAAACGUCCUGGAAGAGGUUAAAUGUUAGCAAAGUCUUGUGAAGUGUCGCAAAAGAUUGGUCACGAUUGCGGAUCUGAAUUUGAAAAAACUGAAAGCAGCUACUCCACGUUCAUCGAAUUCUAAUCACACAGUUUCAACAAAAGCAUUUUAAAAUUCUAAACGAACUGUGAAAAAAUCCCGGAGAAUAAAUUAACGCUUAUAUUUUUAUAUAAAAAGAGAGCACUCUUCAUCAAUCUACCCUAGUGAAAGGGCAUAAAGCACAGUCAUUUUACGCAGUCUUAAAAUCCAUCCAUUUGCGCAGCUUUCUACAUCGUCAAGAUGUUGAGGUCUAUUUCAUGCAUUUUGAUGACGAUGUUCAUCUCAGAGGCAGCUUUUCCCCAGAUGAUCGAAGACAAAGCUGCUGCUGGACUGAACGAGACCCACCAGCAAAUAGCGAGGCGACUCCUCCUGAGCGUGCCGUGCCUUCCAUGUCACCAGACGGACGACUCCGGCCAUUGUCGGCCGAUCUAUGGCUGUUCAGUCGAUGCUGAUAAUGGAACGACGCCCGCUGUCGAUUCUGAUGAAGUCGAUUACGGAAAGGAUGACGGUGCCUCGAACGCCACGGACACCGAACCACGGGUCGAGGCCCUUCACGAGUCCCUCUCCGAAUCCCUGUGCCUUCCGUGCUUCGAGGUGGAUCGUUUCCUCAGGUGUCGGAGGAUCAGAGGCUGUGUUGUGUCGACCACUACUCACCUUCCAGAUUCGGACGUUCACAGCACAUCUCCCACAGGUGAAUCCGUCACUUCUGAGUCUAAUAAUGAUAUCUUUAUGGCCACAACUUUGAAUGCAGUAUCACAAGGAAACGCGAAUGACCUAGACCUCCAAGCCUCUGUCACUCCUGAUGAAGAGACAUACACAACCACUGAGAACACGAGCCCUGCUUCGGAUUCAGCUGUAGCCACAGCUUUUACCGCAGACAUUCCGCUUCUGAGGACAUUUUCUCCCUCAAUCGUCACCAAGUUCAGUGCCACGACGGCGAUCACAGAUGACCCUACCCGUGACGGGAGCAGUACAGCCAGAAGUUCCCCCAGGAACAGCUGAUCCAAGGACCCACAGCAACCAAGAUACCGAGCCCAAGGCAACCGCUGUCAUCUCGACGGCAAAAUCCGUAGCCAGUUCACCGGACAUCCACCUGAAAACGCCUAAAGCACUGCAACCCUCAUCAUCAUCAUCUCCUAAGAGGGCAUCACCAGAGGGCAGUCAUGGCACUACCGUCACAACCCAAGCAACACUAGCAAGAACACCAGAUCCAUGCCGAAAUCAGAGCGUGCAUUCUGGCACAAGCAUAUGGUGCUACUUCAAGACACUGUGGGAAAGAAACAGUUAAAUGGAAAUCAUUUCACUGAUAUUCCAUACUGAUUCCUCAUUUAAAACUUUAUCCCCUAAAGAGCUUAUUCUUUCAAUAAAGGCCAUCACCGUAAAUAAUGCACGAGACGAAUUCCACGCAGGUGCAUCACUCCCAUCUCUAACCCUAUAAAACCUACAUAUUUCAUGUUAUCAUACUCUGAAAAACUCUUUUUAUAAAAUGAAUAGAACUUUGGUAAACUUAAAAACACCUGUUAGCAUUUAGUGAUAGCUUCUAAUUAAUCUGCAAUAUUCUCAUUUUUAUUUUUUAUUUUACCUCUUACGUCCUUUAAAUGUAAAAGUCUCUCUCUCUCUCUCUCUCUCUCUCUCU